AGAGUGCGCGUCUCUGCAUGGAGCUCUCUGUGCCACGUGUAGUCUAGACGUCUGCCUUUCAUGCGUCGAAGGGUAUAGUCUGGUUCAGUCCACAAACACGUGUGCCGCGGAUAGGUUGCAGAUUGCCGAUAUAGAGUCGGGAGAGCAGUUGACAGCCCCUGCUUACGUAUCGUACAAUGAUAAGAGAAAGCAGCGCCAAGCUAUUAUGCUUAAUAUGAAGCCUUCAUCAGACGAGGUCGCAGCAGCGGCGGCAGACAAAGCAGCGCAAACGGAAAUCAAAGCACGGCAGGCCAGGAGAGCUAGUACAGCGCGUGAAUCGCAGGCGCAAGCUGUUAUGGCCGGGGCUAUCACCGCAGUAUUUUUGGUGAUGGUCUUCUAGAAAUAGAUAUAUAUGAUACUUACGGAUACCGACGGUUUUUUUAUAAUUAAAAU